UAGAGGAUGGGACUAAGGAUGCAACCCUGUGGGACGCCAGUGUUUGUAAUAAUGCUGGCUAAAGUUGUGUUGCCAAUCCUGACGGACUGCGGCCUGCCAGUCAAAAAGUCCUGCAACCAGUCACAUAGGGUUGGGUGCAGGCCGACUGUUGCCAGCUUUUGUUUCUAUCCUGAACUGAACCGUGCUGACUCCAUCUGACCUGGUUGGAGGUCUACCAAUCCCAUCAGGCACCUGAACCUCCCCACACACAGUUAAUCUGUCUGAUUAAUGAAGGGCCAUUUGUCUUUGUUUCGGGGAUUUCUUUUGGGAUUAACAUGCUCAGUCAGACAUCUGCUGCUUCACAUCAGCGCAUUACUCAAAUCCUCAUCUCCUGACUUGGCCUCGCUCUGCUCUGUUUGUCGCUUCUGGUUCUUUUUAUCCUCAUUUUUCUGAUUUUUGGGACAUUGUUAAAGCUGCAGGAAUGACAAGAAACAGCCAUAGUGACCUUCACUACCUCACUGGGUUCAUUUUGUUCCGCUGAGGUUAACUAAUGACUCGUUGUCGUUGUAAUUUUGCAGUUUUCCUCUCAGAGAAAGAGUACUGCUCUUAUGAAGCAUAAACUCAACAUCAGAGAGAAACAUGAUGGAGAUGUUCGACAAGAGACGACAAACACAAAGCAUGUUUUAAAGAAGAAACUUUGAGGCUCAAGAGCAAAAGUGAAAUGAAGACAAAAUAUACUGGACUGAAAAGGAAAAACUGUGAAUUUGAAAUGUGAGAGAAACCAAAGAAAGCAGGAAGAGUGUUUGAAGGAUCAAACUGCGGUCAAACCUUUAUCUGGACAGGAUCAAAGCAACAACUCACAGAAGAGCCAGGCCUUACAACUCUGUAACCAUGGGUGAAGAUUGCAGCGAGCUGUUAAAUGGUGACUGUGAGGCGGCGCGGCAGACUAGCGACAUCACCUUUAGCACUGGGAUAAGCCCCACCUCCAACCUGCGCAGGAAGCAGCUGCUGUGGCAGAACGCCGUCAGGAACAUCAUUGACCAGCACAACCUGUACACACUGAGGCUCGCUGGGGGUUUGGAGCGAGGCAAGCACCAUAUCAAAGUCACCGAUGCCUACAUCGCGGACAUCAACAGGCAGAUCCGCAAUAAAGCGUCUCGUGGAGUAUUUUGGCAGAAGCGCCGUUCGUCAGCAGCUCGCAUUCACCCAACAGUCACCACAGCAACACAGAGCAAACACGACCCACUCAGUGAUGCUGACUUCUUUGUGUCGUCUGGGUGGACGGUGCGAGGCGUCUUCAUCCCCACACUGCAGCACAAAUUCAAGUCUGCAGACUUGGAGCAGCUCUACCAGCAGUUCUCCUUGGCUCAGAGAAGAACCUCACUGGUCGUCACUGUUGUCGUUGACAUCCUGACCCGCCUUCUUGUCUCAUUGCUGACAUGGCCGCUGGGCUGGUGGGGCAUGGCCUGUGAUUGGCUUACCGGUCUGUCUGUAGUCUUGUGGAUAGGAAUCUGCCUGGUGGUUCUGACCAGAAAGGAAGUCUUGUCAUCACCUCAGUGGCUUAGGUAUCUGUCAGUGGUCAGCUGGCUGUCUCAGACCUUCCAAGUGCUGGUUGGUGUUUUCAGUUGGGCGGAGAGCGAUCACUCUUGGUAUGUCUUCUUCACGCUUUUCUCCACUUACACCCUCCUGCCCCUCCCCCUCCUCUGGUCCAUCAUUGCGGGGGGAACCACCUCCACUCUGCACCUCCUGGUGGAUUUCUGCUGUCACUAUAAUGACCACAGCUUCAUCAGAAAGGUGUUGUCCAAGGCUCUGCUGUAUCUGGCUAUGAACACUGCGGGUCUGUUCAUUCACUACCUGUCUGAUUGGACUCAGAGACAGUCUUUCCUGGAGACCAGGCGCUGUAUCGAAGGACGAGUCAGACUAGAGAGGGAGAACAACAGACAAGAACGCCUGGUGAUGUCAAUCCUACCUCAAUUUCUGGUGCUUGAGAUGAUUGGUGACAUGGCCGUCAUGGAAGAUUAUCUGCUGCCUCAGCAGUUGCACAAGAUCUACAUUCACCAUUACAAGGAUGUCAGCAUCCUGUUUGCAGACAUCAUCGGCUUCACAUCGCUGUCAUUGAUUCUUUCGGCUCAGGAUCUCGUUAAAACCCUCAAUGAACUCUUUGGUCGCUUCGACAGGCUGGCUGAGGACCACCAGUGUUUGCGCAUUAAGAUUCUGGGUGAUUGUUAUUACUGCGUAUCAGGAGUCCCAGAGCCUCAGAGAGGACAUGCCCGCUGCUGUGUGGAGAUGGGCCUCAGUAUGAUCAACACUAUACGUUACGUUCGUCGGGAGCUCCAGCAGGAAGUGGACAUGCGAAUAGGCGUCCACUCUGGCUCCGUUCUUUGUGGUGUUUUGGGUCUUCAGAAGUGGCAGUUUGACAUCUGGAGCUGGGACGUGGACGUCGCCAACAGUUUGGAGGCUGCAGGAGUGCCUGGUCAGGUUCACAUCUCCAAGGCCACUCUGGACUGUCUGGGUGGGAUCUAUGAGACAGAGGCGGGACAUGGCCAGGAUCGUAGCGAGUUUCUACGGAAACACAACAUCGACACAUACCUGGUCCGUCCGGCAUCGAAGGAAGAUGUGGAGCCGCCUAAAGCAAGGCGCCCCAGUUAUGACGAGAUAACAACGUGGAGUGCUGAGCUGCCAUUUGGAGACAUCCUAGGAAAGAAUUUUAUCCUUGCUACUUUUACCAAUGGUUCACUGACCCAGCUGCCCAAUAAUAUAGCAGCUCAGCGCUCAGGAACACGGGAGGUGAACAAGAGGAUUCGCCAGGCCAUGGAGGUGCGCAGCAGUGAGCGAAUGAGGAAGGAGCACAUCACGACCUUUACUCAGGUGUUUAAGGACUCCCAUGUGGAGGGAAAGUAUUCUCAGAUGAGAGACGAACUCUUCAAAUCUAACAUGGUUUGCUCCUUCAUUCUGCUGCUGCUUUUAAUGACAGUCCAGGUGCUAAUCCCAGCCCCAAGAUUGUGUCCAAUGGUCGUUCAGUUUGUGGUCAGUGGCGGCAUUUACUUCCUGCUCUUGCUGCUGACUCUGGGGGAGGAAUUUAAGCAUUGUCCUGCUCCCCUCCAGUCAAUCUGCUGUUGGGUGCAUGAAAACAAGAGUGCCCGCAUGCUGCUCACACUCACUGCCAUCACUGUCAACUUUGGAAUCACCUCUGCAGACAUUCUGUGGUGUGAUUCAUCAGAAACUGACAUCAGCAACAGGGACUCCCUGCUGGCUCCGCCUCCCUCGGCUUGGACCGAUAUCAACAUUUGCACAUAUCCAGAGUACAUGGUUCUAAGUGGCGUGGUUGCUAUGGUUACCUGUGCCGUGUUCCUCAGACUGAGCUGCGUGUUGCAGCUGGCCGUUCUACUGCUGUUUGCUGCCCUCUACACCUACAUAAUCAAGAAUUACAGGUCUCAUCACUUGUGCAGGAAUGGAGUCUGUGUUGUUCUUAUGCUGAUGUUUGUGGUGGCUGUCCUCUUCAACAGCAGACAGCUGGAGGCGACAGCACGGCUGGACUUCCUCUGGGGCCUUCAGGCAAAGAAGGAGGUGGAGGACAUGAAGGAGCAGCGGGAGCACAAUGAGUGUCUGCUGCUCAAUAUCCUGCCCGCACAUGUUGCCCAGCACUUCUUGGAGAGAGACCGCAAUGAUGAGGAGUUGUACUCACAGUCGUAUGAGCGAGUGGGCGUGCUGUUUGCCUCUCUGCCCGGAUUCUCCGACUUCUACGAGGAAAAGGAGGUCCUUCAUCAGCAUGUUGAGUGUCUCCGCCUCCUUAACCACGUCAUCAGCGACUUUGAUGAGCUGCUGGAUGAAUGCUACUUUCAGCAGGUGGAGAAGAUCAAAACCACUGGCAGCUGCUACAUGGCAGCUUCAGGCCUCUCACCUGACAGGCAGGAUUGUGAGGAUGGCUGGAAUCACCUCAGUGAGUUGGUCCUGUUCGCACUCGCUAUGCAGGAAACUCUCAAACACAUCAACACACAGACAGGAAACAACUUCCAGCUCCGUGUUGGUGUGGCUCACGGUCCGGUGAUAGCAGGUGUGAUUGGAGCCACCAAACCUCAGUACGACAUCUGGGGGAUGACAGUGAACAUGGCGAGCAGGAUGGAGAGCACCGGUGUGAGCGGGCGGAUACAGGUCUCAGAACACACCAGCUCUAUUCUGGUUGAACGAGGCUUUCUGAGGCAGCUCAGAGGGGACGUUUAUCUCAAAGGGAUUAGUGAACGCCACGGAAAGGUUCGAACAUACUUCGUGAGCAGUCGGGAGGAGCGAUCCAGCUUUAUAGAGCGUGGUGGGGGGCGGGGCUUCAGCCUCAAUAGGAACACACUGGGAGCUGUGGUCUACAGUUUGGUUCAAGCCCAGAAAAGGGAGAAGAUGAGGGAGGAGAACGGAGGCUUCCACCUGGUGGAGGCGUCGUGAGGAGGAAAAAAAGGUUUGGUUUUGAGGGUAAAAGGUAAAACUGUCAACAUUUGUGAAAGCUGAAAUGUUGAAGGGGGUAAGGAGUUUGAACAUUCAUCUGCAUCGUCUUAAAGUAAAGGAAAGAUUAGUAAUGAUGGUGAUGGAUUGUUGUACUUUUGCUCUGUGUUUUGGAACAAACAACUCCUGUGGUGCUUUGCAGAGCAAAGCUAACAACAUGGAAUCAUGCAUGUGCAAAUUAAACAUCACUAAUCACUGAGACACUGAAGGAAAGUUAAAAGUAGACAGAUUCUCAGGGGACCUCUCAUGUGUCUGUUACUCUGGUUUCUAAGUGGAUUCCUGAAGGUUUAUUCUGGAUAUUCAAGCAGCCUUCCUUUAUAAGACUCGUCAUUCUGCCAAGACUUUGAUGCAGAAAAACAUUCAUGUUUUAUUUUAUGUGUUUGUGUAGGUUUGAUUUCCUCAUAUGAAACUAUGGGUUUUAAGUCAAUAAAAGAUUAUAGUUAAAAUUUUAACACAACAUGUAACUUUUUACAAAACAUAUUUGUAAAAAGAUUUUAUGAAAGUGUGAAGAAUUUUCUUAUAUUUCUUAUAUUAAGCAUUUAUUUACUGUGUUUUUAUUCUUGCUGUUAAAGGUUUCAAACUCUUCUAGCAAUUUUUUUUUAAAUUGUCAUAACUUUGUCUGACCACCAGAUGGAGCCGCGUGCAGGACCAAAAACAUUUCAGGAUCAAAGCACUUUACAUUUAGAUAUUUUAGAUUUGUGGAUAUAUAAGAGACACAUUAAGUUGUGACAGAACUUUGUUUGUCUACAGAGGACAAAGUGUGUCUAUAAGAAGCGUUGAUUUAAAAAAUAAAUAAAUAAAAAGGAAAAAUAAACGUGGGUUUGUCCCUUGCAGUGUUUUUUUAUGGUUAAAUGUUUGAGCGCUCUUAUAUUGUGGCUAAUUUACAAUAAAGAUCUGCCUAAUAUUUGACAGCUGUUAAUGAUACUAUUUUGUUAUUCUAAUAAAAUAAACAGGAAAAGAGAAAUUGCUAAUUUCACAUGUGUUUACCUUUAAACUUGAGUAGAUUUUUCAUUUCUAAAAACACUGAAACUUUUCUUUUAGUAAAUCCAGC